AGAGCGAGAACCUGGCGUUAUGGCCACCUGGUCCCACGGGCAGAAGGAGCAGAAGCUCCAGCAAGCCUGGAGUGAUGACGUGUCUCCCUCGGGCGGCGUCUCCCUGCGCAGCAGCCCAGCAGGUUCGUCCACCGCCUCCGUCUCCGCCGCCAUUUCCAUGGCCGAUGAGGACCCGGGGCUUCCGUCCGUGGCCUGUGUGCAGGCGAAGAGGCGCUCCGACCCGCAGGGCCGCCGUAGUCUCCACCCAGAGCUUAGACAGGUGGUGCCCAAGACGGACGGCCAGGCCGCUCUCGGGCAAGCCCCGGAGGGCACUGGCCAGGCCAGCGGGCACCCGAGGCCCGGGAACAGCCGUCGUAGGAAGCGGCCCUGCCGCGAGCAGGCUGCCCAGGCUCAGAAGCCUCCAGGGCGCCAUCUGCCUCAGCCGUCUGGGCUUUCGCCGCCAUCUUCUCCAAGGUCUCGGCGCCGCCGCCGCCGCCGCGGUGCUCACACUUCUCCGCAGAGUCCCGCAUCCCGCCCAGGGCCUGCCGUCCGCAGUCAAGCAGGCGGCGCAGGCGCUGCCCUCCGCGACCGUGCACCUGGUCCAGGUCCUGCUCGCCGCAGCUGCACUAGCCCGGCAGGGCCUGCCCUCCGCAGACGUGCAUCAGAACCAGGCCCUGCCAUCCAAGGCCGCGCCACCCGGUCAGACCCUGCUGUCCGACGCCGCCCAUCUGCGAAACGUCCAGCUCUUCGCAGCGGUGCAUCCCAGGCUGGUCUUGCUCUCCCCGGCCGCGACACCCCGCCAGGCCCUGCUUCCCACGGCGGUGAAUCCGGGUCAGGAUCUGCUCUCCGACGCCGCUGUUCAUCUGCGCAAGGCCCUGCUCUCCGUGGCCGCUCGGCAAGUUCAGGCCUUACUCUUAGCAGCACCAGCACGGCGCCAGGGCCUGUCCUCCAGAGACGCUCCACCCAGCGAAGGUCAGCGCUUCUCGGCCGCCACUCCCUGUCUGGGCCGGCUGGCGGGAAUCCUCCCGCUGGGUUCGCCUUUCGGAGCAGCCCACGCUCUCCUGAUCCUCAGGUCCCAAGCCUUGGUUCUCAGCCUACUUGGCAUGCAGUCCGUAUGCGUGCCUCCUCACCCUCACCUCCUGGUAGGUUCUUUCCUUUCCCUGAGCAAUAUGGUGAGACCUCCUCCUCCUCCUGUACCUCCUUCUCCUCCUCCUUCACCUCCUCCCCUAGGUCUCCUGGCCGAAGCCCUUCCUCUUCCCCUACUGAGUUUUCUGGCCAGAGCCCCCAUAAGUUUCUUCCUCGUCCCCGUAAGUUUUCAGGCCUGAGGUCCAUCUCCACUCCUAGCCCUACCAGCCUUAGGCGCGCCUUGCUGCCGGAGGUUGAUGCCCUGAGCCCUGCCUUUCCAGGAGAGCAGGCCGAAACAGGGAGCCCUCACCGCCCUAUGACGCCUGCAGUGUGACCACCCCCUGUG